CAUGUCGGGCUCCGAGUCGGCGGCGGGACCGGGUUCCCCUCCACCUGUUCCCGCUCUUCUCAUCCGGAAAGGGUCCAAGUCCUCGACAUCCUCGAAGUCUUCCAAGGACCGCUCCAGCCGUGAAACGCGCUACGUGCACGGCCAGCCCAAGGUCCCACCACCGCUGGACAUCUUCUCCAGAGAACAUUCGUCCAUGGCGUCCCCAAUAACGUCGCCUUCAACGGGGCUCAACGCGGCGCAGAGCACGGCGCAGGGCCACGCGCAGGCAGAAGCGGCUCGGCGAGGCCCAGCGCAGGAUCCGGCCCAAGCUUCAGCACAGCAGGGUGGCACGGGCAAUCCUCGACAAUAGACGCCACCUCCUGCAGCGCGUGGACACUAGCUCGAUGUUGGCUGCAUAGAUGACUGCCCCUAAUGCAUCGCCCCGUGUCCUUUCUUUUUUUCUUUCUUUCAUUCGGAACCCUAGCCAUCUUACACACGUGCCUCGGGUCUUGGGCGUGUCUCGGGUUUUACUAUCUCUCAUCUGUCUGCGGAUUUCGGGACAUAAACAAAUUGCUGGCAGGCCUGAGUCAGCUUUGUGGCACGUGACAGCUUC